AUGGUCCGUUCCCCCGUGAGCCUCCUCCUGAUUCGAAGCAUCACCACCACCACCACCACCAAGAACGGCAUGGGCACAGUGACCGUACUGUACGACAAACACACCCUCCAGAUCUCGACACCUUCAACUGAAGUGAGGAGGCGCAAUCCCAGCUUCUGGGGUAUUUUAAGCAGGGUUGUAGCAAUACCCUUUUCGGCCGACUGCUUUGCCACCUUACGGCCAACCACAAUGAGCGAGGAGACCGGUAUGGAACGGUACAAAGUCCACUACGACGAGGACGGCGACAGGGGUUUCGGAUUGUAA